AUGACUCUAGGCCACAUUCUGGCCAUCCCAGUGGCUCUUCUAGUGGUCUAUAUCUGCAUUCGAAUCGGUUCUAUCCGGAGGCAGUUUCGCGACCUGCCUAAACCACCCCACCAUGCGUUUCUGGGCCACUUCCCCGUCCUCUUGCGUGAGCUCUGGACCUUACCCAAAGAUAUCUUUCCCCCGUUAGUGGUGGAUCUGGUUCGGCGCAAAUUUGAUCUACCGGCGGUUUUCUUUCUCGACUUGUACCCCCUCUUCAAUCCUAUCGUGUUUAUCAGCGACCCCGGCCUCGCGCGAAAGGUAACGCAGGAAGAUCGAUCGCUGCGAUAUCCGGGUAUUUUUGAGACGCUGUAUCCGGCCAUUCCAACCCGAUGGUUUCGCACCGUAGCGGAUCGGACAUGGACCAAAUCGCAUCCUGUGGUCGGCGUCUCCUUUACGGCUACGCACUUCGUCCAGAUGGUGCCACAGAUGGCCGAGGACCUGCGAGGUAUGUUGGAUCAACUGAACGACUGGUCCGACCGGGACCAGAUCUUUUGCAUGGAGCGCGUGGCCACCGAUGCCAUCCUCGCCAUGACUGGACGAGCGUAUUUUGGUAUGGAGCUGGACUGUUUCGCCCCGAAAAGCCAGUGGACGUCGGCCUUCCGGGCUGCUACCAUACCAAUAUCAGCAGCGAGGAACCCUUUGUGGAAGCCAUUUGUGUUGCCGUUGUGGAAGAGACAUGCCCGAAAUUUCCAUGCGAUGAUUCGGGAGAAAGUCCAGCAUGCGUUCGAUAAGGAUGAAGAUCAUGGAGCCGGGGUUCCCUCGUUACUAGUAUCCUCCUUCGCUGUCUAUCGGAAGAACGGAUUCCCCGGGUUUCCUCGGGUCUCCGAAGAAGUCCUUUCCACGGAGUAUCUAGAAGAGCUGACCUCUACUGGUGCAGCCUUCUUGAUCGGAGCCACGAGUGGUGCAUCCGUGAUCAGUUAUGCCUUUCUGCUCCUCCACCAGCAUCCAGACAUACUGGAAGACCUUCGUAGAGAGUACGGGCGGGUGUGCGGAUUCAACCGACAGUCCAUCCUCCUUGCAUUACAGAGUCGCCCUCGUCUGCUGAACGACUUAAAGCUGACCCACGCAGUGUUGAAGGAGACGCUCCGGCUCUUUCCGAUGGGUCCUGUUCUGCGCAAGUGCCCUAGCGAGACCAUGGAAAAUGAGGGCAGGACAUAUGAUAUUCGGAAUCAUAUCGUCGCUAUCUCGCACAACUUCCUCCAUCGCCGCUCCGACCUUUUCCCCGACCCCGAUGCUUUCAAUCCAUACCGGUUUCUGCCCGGUGCCGUCGUUCCCAUCCCCGCCGACGCCUGGCGCCCAUUCGAAAAGGGGAACGGAUACUGCGUGGGACAGGAGCUGGCUAUGAUCCAAAUGAAGGUCAUGUUGCUGUUGACUUUAACCGAGUUCGAUUUUCAGCCAAAGUACGCGCCAAAAGCUGCUAGGGGCCCAGAUAUCUACGGCGGAUACGCCUACACAACUGGCUCAGGCAUCGGACCGACGCCGGCUGGAGGACUACCUAUGCGUGUGGACAAACGAGUGAAGUAG